UAAAACCGCAAUCAAUAACAAAACAAUCAAAAUGUUCAAAUACUUCGCUCUCGUUUUCGUUGCCCUCUUCGCCUUUGCUGCUGCUGAGCCCAAGCCCGGUGUCAUCGCCGCACCAUUGGCCUACUCUGCACCAUUGGUCGCCUCGCCCUACGCUGCCGCAUAUGCUGCACCCUAUGCUGCCUACGCCGCUGCUCCUUAUGCCGCCUACGCUUCACCCUACGCUGCCUACUCUGCGUACUCUGCUUACCCAUACAGCGCCGCCUACUUGCUCCGCAAGUAAAUGAAGGAUGUAUGCUUUAUUGGCAAAGACUGAAGAUGACUAGAUAUUUGAAUAGCCAAAUUGU